AUGAGCGCAAUCAACGCAAAACGCACCUUGGAUAUCCUCAAGAGUGGAAGCCAAAACCUGCUUUACAGGAAGAACAGGGCCCGCGCCUCCACCAUGCCGACCAUUGCUGUUGAUAAAGCUGCCCUCUUCAAGGAACUGGGGCGAAAGUAUUCUACAGAGGAGUUCGACCAACUAUGCUUUGAGUUCGGCCUUGAACUGGACGAAGAUACCGAAAACUUGGAAAGACCGUUUGUAAAUGGAAAACAAGAACCUCCGCAACUGAAGAUUGAGGUCCCCGCGAAUCGAUAUGAUCUCCUCUGCAUCGAGGGCAUUGCUCUCAUGUUGAAUAUCUUCCGUGAACGAACUCUGUCGCCAGAGUAUCGCCUUGUUGCACCUUCAAAUGGAGAACUGGAAACGAUUGUCGUAAAAGAGGAGACGAUGAAAAUCCGCCCUUAUAUUUCGGGCGCCAUCCUUCGGAAUAUCCAUUUCGACCAAGCUCGAUAUGAAUCCUUUAUUGCUCUUCAGGACAAAUUGCACCAAAACCUUGCCCGGCAAAGAACAUUGGUUGCCAUUGGAACGCAUGAUUUGGAUAAACUCAAAGGGCCGUUCACUUAUGAGGCUUUGCCUCCAAAGGAUAUCAGCUUCGUCCCUUUAAAUCAAACACGGAAGAUGAAUGGACAGGAGAUGAUGGAGUUCUAUGAGAAGGAUAAACACAUAGGGAAAUAUCUUCACAUUAUCCGGGAUUCUCCUGUAUAUCCCGUGAUUUAUGACUCGAACCGUGUAGUCUGUUCGCUGCCACCAAUUAUCAAUGGCGACCACUCGAAAAUCACAUUAAACACCAAAAAUGUAUUCCUCGAGUAUACGGCAACUGAUAAGACUAAAGUUGAGAUUGUGAAUAAUAUCAUGGUUACUAUGUUCUCUCAAUAUACCUCAGAGCCCUUCACCGUGGAGCCUGUGAGAAUAGUAUCAUCGCACAACAACGAAACUCGCCAGACCCCCGAUCUAAGGCCUCGUCCUACCCAAGCUAGUAUAUCCUACAUUAACCAAUGCUGUGGUCUCUCCUUAUCCGCCGCAGAUAUUUGCAAUCUCCUAAAGCGCAUGUCAUAUUUUGCUGAGCCAUCCAAAACUUCCCCGGAUCUGGUCGAUGUUCGGGUUCCUGUAACCCGCGCAGACGUGCUCCAUCAAGCAGAUAUCAUGGAAGACGUUGCCAUCGCCUACGGUUUCAAUGAACUCCCGCGAUAUUUCCCCAAUAUAUCUGGCACAAUCGCGCGACCCUUGCCCAUAAAUAAACUCACUGACAUCAUCAGAACAGAGGCCGCGAUGGCCGGCUGGUCUGAAGUCAUGCCCCUUAUCCUCUGCUCGCACGAUGAGAACUUCGCCUGGCUGAACCGCAAGGACGAUGGGAAUACAGCUGUCAAGCUGGCGAAUCCCAAAACAGUAGAGUUUCAGGUUGUCCGCACGAGCCUGCUGCCGGGCCUUUUGAAGACAAUUGGAGAAAAUAAACAUCAUGCGAUCCCUAUGAAGAUCUUUGAGGUCAGUGAUGUUGCAUUCAAGGAUGUUUCGCGUGAGCGUAAGAGUACGAACGAGAGACAUUUCGCGGCGGCCUGGUAUGGGAAGACCAGUGGGUUCGAGAUUGUACAUGGGUUGCUCGAUAGGAUUAUGGCUAUGCUGAAGACUGCUUUUAUUAUUGGGGAAGAAGGGCUGGAUAAUCCGGCUAUGGGGAACGCGUCGUAUUGGAUUGAAGAGUUGGACGAUCCGACAUAUUUCACUGGCCAUGCAGCCUCAGUACACGUCCGAAUUUCCGGAAAGGAUCAUGUCGUUGGAUCCUUUGGUAUUCUGCACCCGACGGUGCUGGGGAAGUUCGAUUUGAAAUAUCCCGUCAGCACGCUGGAGAUCAACAUUGAGACUUUCCUAUGA